AUGGCAUUUGGAGUCUUCGAAACCUCUGGCAAUGAAUUCGUCCCCGGCACUUCUCGAUUGGAAGAGGAUGCCACGAGCCGAAGUACCCAGCUCAAGAAGGCAGGCGGGAAUGACUCCGAUACUGUGCUUGUCCCGCAGCCUUCCAACAGCCCAAACGACCCGCUCAACUGGCCUCUAUGGCAGCGUGAUCUGAUUUUGCUUCUUUUAUGUUAUUGUACCAAUAUCUGUGUUGGAGGGGUCGGUCCGCUGGUAUCGACAAUUGCCCUACCAAUCAUUCAGGAAUUCCACGUCACCUUCCAAGAUGUGUCGCUCCUCUCUGGCUAUCAGGUCCUGAUCGUUGGCGCUGUCGCUCCUAUUGUCUCAGCUCUGGCUCGCAAGUACGGAAAGCGGCCUGUCUACCUUGUCUCCUCAGCAUUCUUGCUGGCAGGAUCAAUUCUGUGCACGUUUGCAUCUUCAUACGACGUCUUACUCACAGGUCGACUACUACAAGGCGUUGGAACGGCAGCCUUUGAGAGCAUUCCCUUCUCUGCAGUUGGUGACCUCUACUUUGUUCACCAGAGGGGUUUACGCAUGGCACUCUACGUCAGUUCAGCCGUUGGACUGGUCCUACUCCCAGGUAUGAUCGCAGGCGUAAUUGCCACAUCGAUGGACUGGCGGUGGUGCUUCGGAAUUCUCUCCAUUUUCAUGGCGAUUGGAACUCUCGGAAUUGUACUUUUCGGUUGGGAGACAUCAUAUGUGCGCAACAAGCCCUGCAUCGACGAGCCAAAUUUAUUGGUCACAGACUCCCAAGAGAAGGCCGAAGUACGACAAUUGGAAAAUAUUCCCUCGUCCUCUGACGUAGAUGGGAGACGAGACUCAUUUCUCCAGAGAAUGAAGCCUUUUUCCGGGAUUUACGAUGACAAGUCAUUGUUAAAGAUGACGUUACAGCCAUUCUACUUGAUCGCCAACCCCAUUGUCAUCUGGGCCGUUCUUAUCAAUGGGUUCGGUCAACUCUGGAAUGUGGUGAUCAGUCUCGUACUGGCCCAGAUUUUCUCGCCACCGCCAUAUCUUAUGGACUCAGCUCAACUCGGUUACUUGAACACAGGUCCGAUUGUUGCAGGGCUUAUCUCCUGUCUUGUGUGUGGUGUGGUCUCCGAUCACAUGGCCCUAUUUAUCAGCCGAAGGAACAACGGAAUCUAUGAGCCAGAGUUUCGCUUACUACUGGUCAUAGUCGCCCCGAUAUUCAGCACAGUUGGCUUUUUCUUAUUCGGUUAUCUCGCGGAACAAGGCAAGAGCCCAAUUCUCAUUUCCUUUGUGUGGGGUCUCGCUUUUGUCAGCACCCAGAUCGUAGGCACAGCAACAAGCUCGUAUCUUGUUGAUGCUUACCGCGAGGUUGACGUACACAUUUUCGUCCUCUCCAUGUCGAUCAAGAAUUUCUUCUUCUUUGGAUUCUCAUAUUUUAUGAACGAUUGGGUGGCAGAAUGGGGACCAGCUCGGGUGUUCCAAUGUAUUGGUGGGACCAUGCUUGCCUUGAGUGCAACAACAAUCCCCGCAUACAUCUACGGGAAAAGAGUACGGCUGUGGUGGCAUAACCAUGAUCUGUUUCGGGCAAGUAAAGCGCACGAUUCCUAA